AAAGAUAUUGUAUAUAAAGGAAAGGAAGGAAAAAUGGUUAAGUGGAGUAUAUUAUACAAGAUUAAUAUAAAGUGUAAAGAAAAUCUCCAAGUCGCUCACUGAGUCACUCCAGCUCCUCUCUUCCCCACUCUAUUAUAUUGUUGUGGGUGCAUCUCAUUGGUAGUUGUGUGUAUACAUAUGUGUGAGUGUCUUAAAGUGAUAACUUGUGGCUUCACUUGAGAGAGAGCAGAAGAGAGAGUAGGAACUGAUUUGGAUCUGAAGAGGAAAAACAAGUGGUUGAAAUGGGGAUGGAUCCAAGACAACUAGUAGCAGGAGUGCUCACCGUAACAAUGUUUGUAAUGCUUGGUAACAUGAUCCAUAGAGAACACUUUCGUGAUUUCUCUCCUCCUCUCAUUCAACAUCCGGAAUCCACAACCGUGCGUUUUGAAACUACUAACGCAGCUUCAGAAAACAGCCCCGAAAUUCUUACUAAGGAAAUCGAAGGCCCUUGGAAGGAGGAUGUCCUUGACCUUAAGCCCUGUUGGACGAAGCCAGUUUUGGAAGAGACAGAGCAAUCACAAGGCUUUGUGACUUUCUCCUUAACAAAUGGUCCUGAAUACCACGUCUCGCAGAUUGCUGAUGCUGUGGCGGUGGCAAGAUAUUUGAGGGCCACUCUUGUAGUUCCUGACAUAAGGGGGAGCAAACCUGGCGAUAAGAGGAACUUUGAAGAAAUCUAUGAUGUUGAGAAAUUCAUAAAAAGUUUGGAUGGGGUAGUCAAAGUAGUAAAGUACCAGCCUGAUAGCAUAUCAGCAAAAAAUCUUGAGGUUCUAAGGGUCCCCAACCGUGUAUCUGAUGGCCACAUUGCAGAGCAAAUCGAACCAAUUUUUAGAUCGAAAGGAAAUAUAAGGCUGGCAACUUACUUCCCAUCGGUGAAUAUGAAAAAGACUGACAAUGACAUUAAUUCAGUUGCAUGUUUGGCAAUGUUUGGAACUCUAGAGCUACAACCAGAAGUUCAAGAAGUGGUUGACUCAAUGGUUGAACGCCUCCGGACUCUAAGUCGAAAGUCAGAUGGCCAAUUUAUUGCGGUAGAUUUGAGGGCUGAUAUUUUAGAGAAGAAAGGUUGCCAAGGAAAUGAUGGCGCUGGGUCAAAAAGAUGUUACAGUCCACAAGAGAUCGCAAUAUUCUUGAGGAAGGUUGGUUUUAACAAAGACACCGCUAUAUAUUUGACUCAAUCGAGGUGGGAUGACAGUCUUAAUGUAUUGAAGGAAUUAUUCCCCAAGACUUACACAAAGGAAGGAAUAAUGCCAGCAGAUAAAAAGCCAAAGUUCCUCAAUGCUGACGCUUCUGAGUUUGAGAAGGUUAUUGACUUCUACAUCAGUUCUCGAAGUGAUGUUUUUGUACCAGCCAUUUCAGGUUUGUUCUAUGCCAAUGUGGCUGGUAAGAGAAUUGCCUCAGGCAAGACUCAGAUACUGGUCCCAGCAAACGUUGCUGGCUCUUCCGCGGCCGUGGCAGAUUUCAUUUCUCAUUAUGUCUCAAAAAAGAACCACCUGGCUUACUCAUGUUUCUGCUAAAUUCUACGGCAGCAAGAGCUCCAAUGCAUACUAUAAUGGUCAUUCUUCUGAUCGUCACCUUUCUGAAAUUCUUUGCUAGAUGACAGAUUUGCAUGUAAGUUUCAUACUUCAAACUGGAACUUUAUAUAUCCAAACAAAAUUGUUAGAUUGCUUUCCUCAACCCUUCUCUUUUUGCCCCUAUGAUUGCGAGGUGUCAAACACUACCGAGUUACAAUUGUAAGAUAUUUUGUAUUUAUGCAUCUGAAUUCCUAUAAGAAAACUGUGCUGCAGCAGCAAGGACACAUAUUAUGUAACACUCCACAUUCUUAUCAAUUAGAGUACUGAAGCGAAUGAACCCGUUACUGGAGAUUUUGCCAGUUAUUUGGAA